AUGAAGAAUAUCAUCCAAUUGUCCAAAGAGGUUAAGAAUGCACUCAAUCUUAAAAAGCCUAUAGUAUCACUUGAGUCAACCAUCAUUUCACAUGGUCUCCCCUACCCACAAAACCUCGAAAUGGCUAGAUCAGUUGAAGAGAUUUUACGAGAUCACAAAGUAACACCGGCUACUUGUGCAUUUAUCAAUGGGAUACCUCAUGUAGGAUUGUCGACGUCACAAAUACAACAAUUUGCUGAAUCUCCUCGUCAUUCAAUUACGAAAGUGUCUCGUCGUGAUAUAGGUUUCGUAAUGGCUAAUAAGUUGAAUGGUGGUACAACAAUUGCCCUGACAAUGAUUUUAUCACAUUUGGCAGGAAUAAAGUUUUUCGCAACUGGUGGAUUAGGUGGUGUGCAUCGAGACGUACCGGGACAAUUUUCAAUGGACGUGUCUGCUGAUUUGACGGAGUUGGGACGUACUCCAGUCAAUGUGAUUUGUGCUGGACCUAAAUCGAUUUUAGAUAUUGAAAAGACAUUGGAGUUUUUGGAAACUCAGGGAGUGUUUGUUGGUACAUACAAUGAAGAUAAGAAACCAACUCUGGAGUUGAAGAUACCGGGGUUCUAUUGUCGAGAGUCAUCUGUUGCAUCGCCAUUUGGAUUCGAUAGUUUUGCUAAUGCGGCGGACAUUGUACGUAAUCAGAGCUUGAUGGGUUUACAAUCAGGAAAUGUAUUUUGCAUCCCGCCACCAAAAGCAACUGCAUUGGAUUCUCAGUUUAUUAAUGAUGUAAUUGAUAAGGCAAAUGAAAAAGCUAGGAAGAAAGAUAUUUCGGGUAAACAAUUGACUCCAUUUUUGUUAAAUGAAAUAGCUCAAGAGACAAGGGGGAAAUCAGUUGAUUGUAAUAUCAGUUUAGUUAAAAACAAUGCUGAAGCUGCGGCACAAAUUGCCACAGAAUAUUACAAGUUGGAGAAUUCGAUCCACGAAGACCAGGUCGACAAGCGAGAUGCUGUACCUCGAAAAGAAGAAAUAAGUGAAUCCAAAAGUGACAUGGAUACUCCAAGAGGAAUUGGCCAAGCUACCAAUCUAUUAGUUGUUGGAUCGGUUGCACUAGAUACAAUAAGUACAAUCACAACCAAAACAAAGCUCAAAGACUCAAACAUUGGAAAAAUCACAAACUCUAUAGGAGGAGUCGGAUAUAAUCUAGCAUUAGCAAGCAGUUAUAUCUCCAACAACACAAAGCUCUUCUCUCGCGUGGGUAAUGAUUUUGCAGGCGAGACAAUACUUCAUCGAAUUGCAAAAGAAGGUAUUGUUAAUCUGAAGUUUACUAAAGGUUUAAGCAAUAGUGCCCAAUACUCAUGUGUGCAUGAUUCCCAAGGCGAUUUAAUUGUUGCAUGUGCUGAUAUGUCUAUCAUUGAAGAACCGGAGUUUCUGAAACAAGUGAUUGAAGAAAUUGAACAAACUCAACCUAAGAUUGUUCUCAUGGAUUGCAAUUUGUCCAUGGAUUCAAUGAGCAGUAUAAUUGAGCAUUUUCAGGGUAAGAGUAGUGCUCCCGAUUUCAUUAUUGAGCCAACAUCAUAUAUCAAAGCUAAGCGCAUAUCAGGAGUUGAGUUUGCUACAUUUCCCAAUAACAAAAUUCAGCUAGUCACGCCAACAAUUGAAGAACUAAAUACCAUGUAUGAAUCAAUGGAAAAAAGUGGGCAAUUUGAUCUUGACCAUUGGUUCCCCAUUCUUGAUGCCAUGAACAUCAAUGCAUCGAUGAGAGAUAAGCUAGUUAAACUUGAUCCGAAGUUAUACGCUAGAGGGGUUUUCCAACAAUGUUUCCAUCUUUUACCAUUUUUCCAAAACAUAUUGGUCAAAUUAGGUGAUCGAGGGGUCAUGUUGUUUAGCCUAGUGACCAAUCACAAGGACUUGAAAAGUAUACCAACUACUUCUCAGUAUAAACCAACUGGGACAGUAGUCAAUGAUUUUGAUAGUAGAUUGGGAGUUGUGGUGGAAUACUUUGAUAUCCCAAAACAAAAUUUGAAUUUGUCGGUGGUUAAUGUGACUGGUGCUGGUGAUACAAUGGUGGGGUAUUUAUCGGCGAAAUUAGCUACCAAUUGUAACAAAGAUGGUGUGAAUUGGUUAUGUAGUGAAAUUCAAUCGUGUGAGCAAGUGUGGAUGAAGUGGGAGUGUAUAUAUAAGGCACAAUUGGCUAGCGGGUUGACCUUGAUGAGUGACAAGUCGGUUAGUGAAAAAAUAUCAGAUUUAUAG